GGUUUUCAACUGGGAUCCGCAGCCCACCCGCAUCAGAAACAUGUGGUUUGUGUGUACGUGAAAAAUGCAGACUCUAGGGCCCCACACCAACGAAACCUCUGGGGGUUGGAACCCAGGAAGGAGCUUCUGUAAUCUCCACAGCUGAUUCUGAGGCACUCUAAUUGUAAGAACUGCCCUUUAAUAUUUUUAGAUAAGGGGAUUGUUACAAAAUGUCAAGAGGGUAAAUAAUCAUUCUUUUAAAGUUAGACUUCAAGCGUUGGACAGCGAGGUGAGCUCUUCCUGACAGUUUGUCUUUCCUAUUCUUCCCCACUCAGCCUAGGGACGCGUGCAGAAAUUAGAAACAAAGUAGGGGAAGAAAACCUUAUUUCUUUACACACAUUUUGCUUUAAUAGCCACCGAAAAGAUUGUUUCAUUUCCUCUCACUGACCCUGUCCACCAGUUAUGUUGGCCUUUAACGUAUCGCUAUAGCAGCAUGUAUAAAUAUAUAAUCAUACAUUUAUUCACACAUACACACAUUCGAAAGCACUGUGAAGACACAGACUAGGCUUUGGCACAACUGGGGGCCGCUCACAUGUCACUUAAAAAUGAUCACUGGUUCAUUUACACAAGACUUUCAACAGGCUUGGUGUGGCCAGUGGCCCCCAAGUCCCAGAGAGAAGUUAGGAUGACAAAAUCGGACAGUGUAUUUAGAGUGAGGUCAGUACACUUCUUGGAGAUCAUAAAAGCAUAGAAAUGGGAGGUCUAGGCUAAGCACGAGACGGCAUCUGGGGAUCACUGCUCUCACCACGUGGAUUCAAAGAACUCAGGUGCUGCAGUGUAGACCGACGCCCAGCCUGACUGUGACCCAGCCGCGCUGGCCCCGGGUCAGGUCGUCGGGCCCCUGCCGACACUGUCCUGCGGGGCACCGCUGCUCAGUCCUGAGCUUUUCGAUCUGCCGUGGAGCUCCAGCGUGGGGACCACAUGCUCCAUCGCUAGGAAGCAGGUCCCGUUUCCCCCGAGUUGACCCUCGGAGGAUGAGGCGAGAAAUGUGCUGUUGCUGGUUCCCAAGCCCCUGGGGCGUUCAGAAGCAGUGCCACAAGGUCCUCUAUCAACGAUGCCUGUUUUGCUUAGUGCUGGGCCCGGUGGACCUUGGCUGGUUGUUCCUCAACAACUGCAGGAGAGGCCCCCUGCCUUUCGCCCUGCCCCACCAGGCCACAUCUCUGACUCCUUCCAGACCCUCCAGCAGGUGUGGAGGAGUGGGGCCCAGAUCCUCCUCAGCAGACAGGGAGCUGUGAAGAAGGGGGGCAGGCCCACCCUCCCUGCUGUUUUAAGGACCUCUGGUGGCUUCGCUUCUUGCAUGGCUCCUGGAAGGCAAGGGUCACAGGACUGGGGUGCAUGGCAGAGCCCUUAGGGAUUUCACCUGGAGGCCAAAAUACCACAAUCAAAGUGAGACUCCAUUAUCAGGCCCUGCUCGUGGCUAACAGGCUGGAGAGAGUGCUGAGUGGUGACAGAAGCCGGGAGCACGCUGAGAGCCUGUCACGAGGAUGAGCUGAGGGGACGCGCUGAGGUCUGGAGGAGCAUCUGGGGCCACCAGCGGUGUAUUGUAUUCUCCCUUCAGGAGGGCUGGACUCUGCAGGUUCUCUCUUGUGGUUUGUAUGGAGGUAUGUCUGUCUGCUACUGGCUGAACUGGUGGGCGAGUUUCCCCUUGGAUCCCCGGGGAAAGGUGCAAGAUCUGGAAACCCUCACUGCGGCGCCCUUGUUCGUUAUGGAUGUCCAAUUUGUUGAUUGAAGAGGAGGAUUAAAAAGGAGGAAUAUCUUAUGCUGCCACAUGCUGAUGUCACUUUCCAACUUGUAUUCUAAGACAGGUUACACUGACCCAGCCUGGUGAAGAUCUCUGGAGACCAUGACCAAGAAAAGAAUUGCUGUGAUUGGGGGAGGAGUGAGUGGGCUCACGUCUAUCAAGUGCUGCCUGGAAGAAGGCUUGGAGCCCGUCUGCUUUGAAGGGACUGAUGACAUUGGAGGGCUGUGGAGGUUUCAGGAAGAACCUGAAGAAGGAAGGGCCAGUAUUUACAAGUCAGUGAUCAUCAAUACUUCUAAGGAAAUGAUGUGCUUCAGUGACUAUCCCAUCCCAGAUCACUAUCCUAACUUCAUGCACAACUCCCAGGUCCUGGAGUAUUUCAGGAUGUAUUCCAAUGAAUUUGACCUUCUAAAGUAUAUUCGAUUUAAGACCACCGUGUGCUGUGUGAAGAAGCAGCCUGAUUUCUCCACUUCAGGCCAAUGGGAGGUGCUCACGGAAUCUGAAGGGAAAAAGGAGGUGAAUGUCUUCGAUGGAGUUAUGAUUUGCACUGGCCAUCACACCAAUGCUCACUUACCCUUGGAAAGCUUCCCUGGAAUUGAGAAGUUCAAAGGACAAUACUUUCAUAGUCGAGAUUAUAAGAAUCCAGAGAGUUUCACUGGAAAGAGAGUCAUUAUAAUUGGCCUUGGGAAUUCUGGAAGCGAUCUGGCUGUGGAAAUUAGCCACACAGCCAAGCAGGUUUUCCUCAGCACCAGAAGAGGGGCUUGGAUCUUCAAUCGUGUCGGAAACUAUGGAUAUCCUUUUGAUGUGUUGCUGACUUCUCGAUUUCAAUAUUUUAUGAGGAAGAUUUGUGGUCAAUCAUUAGCAAAUACAUUUUUGGAAAAAAAGAUGAACCAAAGGUUUGAUCAUGAAAUGUUUGGCCUGAAGCCUAAACACAGAGCUCUGAGUCAGCAACCAACCAUAAAUGAUGAUCUGCCAAACUGUAUAAUUUCUGGCUUGGUGAAGGUGAAAACAAACGUGAAGGAAUUCACAGAGACAGCGGCCAUAUUUGAGGAUGGCUCCAGGGAGGAUGACAUUGAUGCUGUUAUCUUUGCUACAGGCUAUAGCUUUGCCUUUCCUUUUCUUGAAGAUUGUGUCAAAGUAGUCAAAAACAAGAUAUCUCUGUAUAAAAAGGUCUUCCCUCCUAACCUAGAAAAGCCAACUCUUGCAAUCAUAGGCUUGAUCCAGCCCUUGGGUGCCAUUAUGCCCAUUUCAGAGCUCCAAGGACGCUGGGUCACUCAAGUAUUUAAAGGGUUAAAGACAUUGCCUUCACAAAAUGAAAUGAUAAAAGAAAUAGCUAAGGUUCAAGAGGACAUGGCCAAAAGGUAUGUGGACAGCCAACGCCAUACCAUUCAGGGAGACUAUAUAGAUACCAUGGAUGAGCUUGCUGAUCUGGUGGGCGUCAGGCCCAAUCUGCUGUCCUUGGCCUUCACUGACCCCAAAUUGGCAUUACAGUUAUUUUGGGGACCCUGUACUCCAAUCCAGUAUCGGCUACAGGGCCCUGGAAAGUGGGAUGGAGCUCGAAAAGCUAUCCUCACCACAGAAGAUCGUAUCAGGAAGCCGCUAAUGACAAGAGUAAUUGAAAGCAACAAUUCCACAACUUCAACAAUAACAAUGGCCAGGUUUAUGCUGGCUGUGGCUUUCUUUGCUAUAAUUAUGACCUAUUUUUAGCUGUUCCAUUGUCAUUGUCCCAGUUUUCUUUGAAAGCUGGAUCUGGAGAUGCCUUCAGAACCUGACAAGAUUGAACAACUCUCAGCUUCACAUUGCCCAGAAAUCUGCUUUUAUUU